AUGGAUCGGCCUGAGUCCAAGACACAAACAAAUCCAAUAGACAUGUCCACUUUGCUUUUGAAAUUGUUCCCCAACAUUAAAGCAGUGUCCCAAGAGAGAAUCAACUUGCUACCGAAAUCCCCAGUUAAGAUUCCCAGCAUGAAAUUCUUCAUAACAAACAACAUGCAAAAUGUUUCCAAGACAUAUGCAGAAAGUAUGCCUUACUGGGUGGUGGGCAAAUAUUUCAAUCCAGAGUCUGAGCGUCAAAGAUUGCUGGUUAACGACUAUCAACAAACUGAAGUAAAAGAGAUGAGACGUAUGAAUAACACCAAACUUGUUGACAGUAUUGAAUUGCCAUUAAAGUCAUGCGAGAAUGUUCUAACAGCAAUUAACAAAAUGCUAUCUAGUGGACUAGAACUAUGCCUUGAUCACUUCAUUGCUCCAUUUGUUGGUAAUUGGCCAAAGCAAUUCUUCAUUCGAAGAUUGGUCUACUGUGAUGCACCGUCUUUACCAGCAGCUCUUCAGAACAUUGUUCCCCUCAUUGCAGGGUUUGUUUUAACGUGCAGUUCUACACAAAAUGUGCAGUUCUAAAUCCAUUUGUGCAGUUCUUAAAACUCAAAUGUGCAGUCACCAAAUGAACAAAAAUAUAACUUCAAAACAAUCUUCUCAUUUAUUCGUUUUCCUUGUGGAUGCUACAGAUGCCAGAAAUUCUGUCAUUGAGCAUCUAAAAUCUAAAUGUUUUCUGGAAGAGGAACACCAGACCCUCAUAUUUUCCUCACAAUGGAAUGGAACAGGUGGUUAAAUUGGCGUUAUCCAAAAGAGAUUAGAGUGGAAGAACCUAAUAUUCUUUACUGCCUAAAGUUAUUAUAUACUGAGUAUUCAUGAUUCCCACUUACAUGUUUUGAAACAGGUUUUGUGUGUGGUUGGGUGAAAGAAAUCUUUACCUGAACUUACGAGCCUCCAAAUUCAAAAUUUGGUGGAUACUCCCUACCUGUAGCUCCCCACCCAGAAUCGAGUUUGUCUGGCCCCACCCAACCACACCUUUAUUCUGCCACCUAUAUACAAAUUAAGAAUCUAUCAUAAUUUACAACGUUAAAUAUAGAUAAAAAUCCUUUGACCGCCCAGUCAAACACGCGAUGCUUCGUAACAUCCCUAACAUGUGCAGUGCUAAAUUCUUCUUAAAAUAAACCCUGCCUCAUUGGUCCAUUGCACAUUUCCCUAAAUGCAAGAGAAUGUUUUUUUCUUCUGAUAUUUCAUAAAACAUUUGCAGAUUUAUACACAUUCCGGGUUGGGAAAAAAGCAAAGUUGGCAAAGAAACCCAAAGCUUGGCGCAUAUCGUUAUUGCUAGAGGUUAUUUAUGAAGAAUCGACGCUUGUCAGGGACAUGAUUCUCUCAGUUUUUGGCAAGUGCAAGGAUAUUAUUGAACCUGCUUGACAACUAUAUUCCUCUUGUGCUGAGCAUUUAUUCGAUUGUGUUCAAGUGUAACAGUUAUGAUCUUUAUUGCCAGUCUUGUUGCAUUGUUGGAUCAUGUUUGUUGUGUUUCGCAGACAUCACUACAAUAAAGCUUUGCUUGUAAACCUGUCCCUGUUUCAACACUGGGAAGAAAAUACCCACUCCAUGUUUGAAACUGCGCGACAGUAUAUUGUGGCAUUCGAUGAAUAUCCCGUCGAAAAUUUCCACUCGGUCCUAAGGGCUAGAACAAAAGAAACAGAUUCAGCCGACCAGAUUGCAUUCAAAGCAAAAGAGAUUGAUGCAUGCAAGCAUGAACUACACAAUUUUUAA